ACGGCACAUUUAUCGUACAUUUAUACGACUUCAUGAAUCAAAUAAACUGUUUUGUAAAUUAAAAAAGUUUCACAAGUAGGUAAUACCUUAGUCUGUUAACUUUAGAAAAAAAAAAGAUAACUAGGCGCGAGUGUACUUUGCCAAAAAAAAGUUCCGAUUACAAAUUAAAAAAUAAAAAGUUUCGUUUUUGCAUCCAGCCAGCCAGUAAGGUGUUUUAUAGUGCAAGCGUCUAGAGCUGUAAUUAAGGUGGCAUAAUGCGCGAGAGCCUUCGCCGGCUGGCCUCGGAGGACGGAGAUCGACCAAUGGGGAACGAGCGGCGCGCGCGCAUAGAACUACUCAACGGGGAACACAUCAAUGUUGAUGUCGACCGCAAGGCGAAGGGAGGCGACCUACUGGACCGAAUAUGCGACGAGCUUCAGCUAACAGAGAGGGACUACUUUGGUCUACUGCACGUCCAGAGAGGAGACCCUAGGACGUGGGUGGAUUUGGGGAAAAGACUCUCCAAGACUUUCAAAAAUGAGCCCUGGGACAUGCGUUUUGCCGUCAAGUUCUAUCCUCCCGAGCCCUCUGAACUAAAUGACGAUGAGACCCGCAACCAGCUCGCUUUGGCCGUCAGGAGGGACCUUAUGGAAGGUCGCCUUUCCUGCUCCAUAAUAACCCACGCCCUCCUAGCAUCCUACGUACUCCAAGCAGAGCUAGGCGACUACGAACCAGGUCACGUGGCUCCUCCCGUCAUAGCUGCGCACAGCGCGGCGCCACCUAGCGUCAGGACUGAGGAGUUGGACGACCAUAUAAAGGAACUUUAUAUGAAGCACAAAGGCCAGACCCCAGCGGAGGCGGAGCUAUGCUAUCUGGAGAACGCCAAAAAACUGCCCCUGUACGGAGCAGAACUACACUGCGUCAGGGAUUCCGAGGAUGUGGAUCUGGUGCUGGCAGUUGGGGCUGGUGGCAUCGCUGUUUACAGAGACGGCGUCCUGAUGAACCGCUUCCCCUGGGCCAAGAUCAGUAAGAUCAGCUACAACAAGCGCGUAUACACGCUCCGACUGCGCGCCAGCGAGUUCGACCAGUUUGAGACACAUCUCGGCUUCAAUCUGGCUUCUACACGCGCUGGGAAGAAACUGUGGCGCUGCUCUGUCGAGCACCAUAUGUUCUUCAGGAGGGCCGCCCCCGUGCCCGUGGAGCGCAUCGCCGGGUUCCCGCGCCUCGGCUCGCGGCGCCUGUCCUGCCGCCGCACGCUACGACAGAUGCGAGAUCUACCGAGAGAGAUCACUGCCUCAUGAACCCUGA